GGGGCGCAUUAACACAUGCACGCGGACAUCCAUGUAUGCGCACACACGCUUGGACGCACAGGAACCAACGCAUCAACUCAUGUCCCCGCUGAGACACGCGCAUGAGACAUACAGUACACACACACACACACACACACACACACACACACACACACACACACACACACACACACACACACACACACACACACACACACACACACACACACACACACACACACACACACACACACACAAGAUGAGAGGGAGAGCGAGAUAGAGAGAUUUGACAUUCUGAGCACUGAAGAGGUUUUGAGGAGGAUGCUUGAGCGUGAUGCCUUCGUGACCGCGCGCACACGAGCGUGCGUGUAUGUGUUUGUGUGUGUGUGUCACCCUGACCGUGUCUGUGGGUUGACCGAACCUAGUGGGUUGUAGAAAGUGUUGCCAGCAGUGUGUAAGCUCUCGGAUUGCACUGAAUGCAUAAAAACAAAGUGCCUAUUGCUACAUCUCAGAAGGUCAAAGCAUGAUCUUGACAAGAACCAUCAGCUAAAACAAGCAGUUACGUUUAAAUUAAAGUGAAGGAGCAUACACAAUGCCUUACCCUGAUCUUCUCCCACCUGCCCCACCUCCUGCCAUCCUAAACUGCUCCUCGCUCAACUGCACACUUGCAAACUUUUCAGCGUUUCAUGGUGACGAGUGCCAUGCUGACAAGCCCUUGUUUGUGACCCUUGCUGUAGCUUAUUGUGCUAUAGCCUUGCUGGGAGUGACUGGUAAUUUGGCAUUGAUUGUUUUGAUCUGGCGCCAACGCGAACUCUCCAAUGCAACUAGUGUGCUUAUUGCCAACCUGUCAGCAUCUGACUUGCUGAUGGCAUUCGUCUGCCUGCCGUUCACAUUUGCUUACACAUUCAUGGACCACUGGGCAUUUGGUGGUGCCAUGUGCAAGAUCAACAGCCUAGCGCAAUGCACCUCUGUCUCAGUCUCCAUCUUUUCCCUUGUGCUCAUUGCUGUUGAGCGCUACCAGCUGAUCUUGCGACCGCGUGGCUGGAGACCCAGUGCAUUCCAUGCCUGCGUGGGUGUUGGCCUCACCUGGGGUCUGGCCCUACUCACUGCCAUGCCCUUUUUAAUCUUUUCCAUUACCACUGACGCACCCUUGCAGCAGCUGCCUGCCUUUUUGCGUGAGCACUACCGAGGAAAGGUGGUGUGUAUAGAGCAGUGGCCUUCACGUCAAUUCAAGCUUGCUUACACAACCACCAUGUUGCUGCUGCAGUAUGUCGCGCCCCUCGCCUUCAUCUUCAUUUGCUACCUGAAGAUCUACGUUCGUCUGAGGCAGCGGAGGAGCGUGAUGGAGCGAAUGCGUGAGAACAAAUACCGCAGCCACGAGACAAAGCGCAUCAACGUCAUGCUGUUUUCCAUCGUGGUGGCGUUCGCUAUCUGCUGGCUGCCGCUCAACGUCUUCAACGCCGUCUCUGACUGGAACCACGAAGCCACCAUGAACUGCACCCACAAUCCCCUGUUCUUGCUGUGCCAUCUCACUGCCAUGUGCUCCAUCUGCAUCAACCCCAUCUUCUACGGCUUCCUGAAUCGCAACUUCCAGCGUGACCUGCAGUCCUUCCGGCUGUGCAAAAGGCUUUCUACAAGAGAGGAAGAAUACGACACCGUCGCCAUGUCUACCAUCCAUAGCGACCUUUCCAAGACGUCUCUGAAACUUAUCUAGGAGAUAUCAAGGAGAUGCACUUGAGGCGUAGGUAUGGUGCUUACGUCAUUCAGGUGCUUAAGCCCUGAAGGGUCUAAUCAACUAUGACCACGUAAUCAGCAAGAUCUACAAAAAAGAAGUGUUUGCUGAAAUAUGGAGGCAUUGAAAGAGCACAAAGGUUCACUGGUACAUCUUAGAACUUUAAAUAAGUUGUUUACGCCUUCUAGUUCUUUUUGUCUCUGAAAACAAAUGGGAAAUUCAAGAUAAAAAACACUACUAGAAGACUGAAUUUAUGGUGUUGGACCUCCUAUAAAAAACAUUGGUUUGAAUAUUUGAAUUGGUUUGUAUGAACAUUCCAAAUAUAGGAGUGGAUUUAAAUCUGAACAAGAACAUGUCUGUUGAGUUUUUUGCAGACUAUACAUUAAUUUACAUGGAAUUUUAUAUUUCUUUUUUUUUUUUAAAUACCAAUAUUGCUUUAUCCAAAUUCACCAACAGUUACCAUAGAGCAGCACUUUUGUUAUUCACUCAUGAAUGUUACUGGUUUGUAUUUAUUGAUUACACUUAUAAUCAAUUUAGACUAAAAAAUAUGUUAGAUUUAGAAAGACAGAUGAUUGUGAAAAAGAGCCAAACAGAAAAAAAAACAGUCGUACUUUGUAUUUGUCUGUUGUGACCAACUAUGAAUGUAGAUGCCAGGAGUUUGGUAUUGUAAUUGCUUAGAAUAGUGAUGAUAACAUUAUUUAGAGCUUUGAGGUUCAAAGUAAUUUAAUAUUCUGGAGUUAUUCAUUUGUGUAAUCAUGCAGCUUACAGAGAUGUUUUAUACACAUUCACUUAUAAUAUUAACUAAUACUGUACAUAGAGAACUCUACUUUGCUCUUUAAACAGCUUUAGUUCUUCAUGGCAUUUGGUCUAUAAUGAAAUAAAUAAUAAACAUUCAUACAGCGGCUCUCAAAUCCAAAAGGUGCUCCAUUGGGUUCAGAUUUAAUGGCACUGUCAUGUUCAUGGAACCAGUUUGUGUAAUGAGGCUGCUGACUUGGAAUGCUGAUCGGAAGGUGGUGUGUUCAUAUCUUAUCAUCGCCAAGCUGCUACUACUGCGCCCUUGAGCGAGGCCCUACUUAGUUGAAUCAUUAGAGAUGUUCUGGAUCUGCCAAAUGCCAUGAAUGUAAAUAUAAAUAUUUGAAAAGACUUGUCAUUUGAGACAUGGUGCAUUAUUAUUCUGGAAAAAGCUAAGAUGAUAAAGAUGCUGUAACACUUAAACGAAACACGGUUGGUAUACAGGCCCAAUAUAUGCCAGGAGAACAUUCCUCACCAGUCUGAACUAUUAAUACAAGGCAGGUCAGGUUGUUGGAUUAAGUCUGAUCACACCAGGUGUUUUUGAGUCUCUUUGCCAGCAGAUGUGGAACCUUCUACUGUUUUAGCCCUUAAAACUCUUGUUUACUGUUCUGAGAUGCUUUUCUGCUCACCACGGUUGUAAAGAGUAGUUAUUUGAGUUACUACCCUGACAGCUUUCUUGUCAUUUUGACCUAAUCUAACUUUUCUCCUCAGACCUCUCUCAUCAACGAAGCAUUUCUCUCUCAAGCAGCUUCUGCUCAUUGGAUGUUUUUUGGCACCUUUCUGUCUAAAGAAAGUACUAUAACAAAAUUCCAGGAAAUCAGCAGUUCAAUCUGGCACCAACAAUACAUUUUUCCCUCUUCUGGUAUUUGAUACGAACGUGAACUAAUGCCACAUUAUUAAUUGCAUUAAUUAGCAGGUCUACUUAAUUAGGUGAGUACGUCUUAUGUAGAAGCAUAUUCAGGUAACCAGAAAUCUAGUGAACUUAGAUUCAAAUAUUAUUUAUUUAAGAAGAGUCUAAAACAAUACCAAUAAUCUGUGGAUUUCAGGCUUGUAAGGAAUAAUGUAAGUAUUUAUACAUAUAUGUAUUGUACAUAUGGUGUAUUUUGUUGCGUGUAUUGUCUUUAUUUUUCUAUUUGUUUUGUCUUUUAUAAAUGAUUAAAUAGAGUUACUUGGUUA